AUGAUCGAUCGCCAUUCUCAGAUUAAGCAAAAACGACACAAUGGAGUUCCUAAUACGCCGCGCACGAUGACUCGCCGGCGCGCGGCCGCGGCGGAGCGGGCCGAAAAAAAAAAAGCGGCCACGAACGAUAUCGACGCCCACAAUUCAAAAAGAGAACGCACCUCAAAAGCUGUCAAACUGCCCGCGCUGACAACGCGCAAACCUGCCCUGCCUCAACCGACGCUCGGUCGUUCACCGGACGAUUUAUUUCGUUUUUUACCCGCAUACAAACUAAACGCGCACGUA